AUGACCUGGAAGAAAUCGGGCGGCAACGGUUACUUUUUCUCGCUGCUCAUCCCCCGCAGCCCAGCCCGGGUCGCCUGCUCGAUCGGCAGGCUACGAUCGUGGAGACCGGAGGCGGCGGGGGAGAGCGAGGUUGGGGCGCCGGGAGAGAGUGAGAAACAGCCCCGCGCGAGAGCGGCGCGCACGCGGGCGGCCCGGGGGCGGCCGCGGAAAGCAGCCCGAGCACAAAGCUGCGCGGCGCCUUCCUGGCCACCGCACCUCGCUCGGGCCGCCGCGGGCGCCCGGGGCUCGGGCCAACACAACGCACCCGGGCCUAGGCCGGGGCGGCUCGAACACAGAACCCCGGGACUUUCUAGUAAACAGCUCGCCCUCGUCCCCACCCCCAUCCCCGCUGCCGGGCUUUCGCCGCCGCCCCUCGCCGACACCCCCUUCUUCCCUCCUAAGAAAUCCCGGCGGAGGAGGGAGCCGCGAGGCAUGAAGAAAAACCAGACCAAAACAGUUCUCACAGCGCAGCCGGUGGUCACAAAGAACAGCCCAUGGAGAUGUCUGUCACUGAAAGAGCAGCCUCUGGAAGAGAACCAAAGAGGAAAAGAGCGAUGGAGUGAAGCUUGAUAAAAUAGUUGGAAUCGUUCAUCAGUGAGGCAAAGCUGGCUUCUGAGUCACGCAGCUCCCCCCUCGCUCUUUCUUGUCUGACGGUUCCCUGACACCGUUGACAAGGCUGACACCACCAAUCAGCUUCGACUCAGCAAGGUCACUGUUCAGACUUGACUCGUGAUUGGCUGCUGCGCUUCAGCGUGUUAUUACUGUCUGAUUUGAUCGGAGGCAGGGGGUGGUCUCCAAUCAAACAGAGAAAAGGUCCUAGAGAAGGUAAUUAAAUCCUGUCAGAGGCAAUUAUCGGUUCCAGGGCCAUGACUCUGGCCCUGAAUGCAGAUGAUCUGAAACUGUAUUCUUGUAGAAAUUCAAGAGGGCUCCUGGCAUGGUUCAGCUAGGCAUAAAGGAAGCAGCAGGCUUUCUGCAAACAAUGCAGCUCUGUAUUAUGAACCUUUCUGCCUUUUUUCCCCUUUCCCCGAAGACUUCUGUUUUCACUGAUCAAAAAUAUUCCUUUUCAGGUCACAUUCUAAUUAAUUUAAUAGACAAGGUUUUCCUUUCUGGUACAUAAAUAAUGACAAGUUUUACUAAAGAACUUCUGCCCCCAACACGGGCUGUAACAAACAGCCUUUAUCAAGGCAAACCAAAGCCUGUAAUAGAAGGACACUAAUCUGUAGUUUGGGCGAAGGGAGAAAAAAAAAUUUAAGCCUCUAAUACGGAUGUUCUGCCUGAGGUGGAUCCUACCCUGUUUAUACCUUCCCGUGCUCGUGAUGGAUUGCUGCUGUGACAAAUCUUGAAGUUUCUCUGACGUACUCUAGUGAUGGCGGUGUGCAUUUAAUGACUACAGUUUUUAAAGGACAGAGAAAAGCUGCCACAGAUUUCACUCUGUGAAGAAAGGACUUCUCCCUACCCUUCAAAAGAAUAUUUAGGAGAGUUAAAAUUUUAAAUUGAGCUUGGGAAAUAAAAACAGACAGAAUGGAAUGUUGUUUUGUUUUUUUUUUAAUUUUACUUUAUUUUAUUUAUUUAUUUAUUUUGGCUGCUCUGCACGGCAUGUGGGAUCUGAGUUCCCCGACCAGGGAUGAAACCCGUGUCCCCUGCACUGGGAGCAUGGAGUCUUAACCACCGGACUGCCAGAGAAGUCCCAGGAAUGUUGUAUUUUUAAUUGGGAAGAGAAAGCUAAGAUAAACUCCAUAGGUGCCCUUCUGCUCAUCUAUAGACAGAAGACUUUGGUUUUGUUUCCUGUGUGAUUUCUCUUCAAUUGUUAUUAAGUAAGCUUUGAAGUAUGGUUUUUGCCCAAAGAACCCAGCCCUAAAAUGUAAACCUCUCUCCCCUUCCUGAAUCAUUAUUAAUUGUUCUCAGUGGUAUUAACCAGUUCAGCAUGAAAAAUAUUUGAUAGGAUGAAGGUACUUCAUUAAGUGUCUAUAUGCUCACCCUACUGGCUUUAACAGACUUUAUGAAAUAUCGCUCUCAAUUACUGUCAGUCUUCCAAAUGGAUAGCCUUGAUUUCAACCUUUGUGAGGCUGGGUAUUACUUUUUCCAGAAUAAGAUGUUCAAAACACCAUUAAAACAAUUUCUGUAUUGUUGCUGAUGAAUCAGUUUAACCACCAGGGUUUCUCCCGAGGGAACAGUUAACUUUCCUCUAAUCUUGGUUGUUUUCUUUGUUUCUAAAACACCAUAUUCCUUAAUAUACCUGACUUUAUUUGUUUUGUUGAAACAUAAACAGAUGCUUUAAGCAAAACAUCAUUUAAAAAAAGUUGUCCCUGCUACCAGUCCAUUAAUCAGGAUGAGGUAUCAGGCUGGGAAAGAAAUUGGUGGGAGAAGAUGUUAAUAAUAAGGAAAACUGCUUAGGACACUGGUCGGCUGAGUUAAAAAAAAAAAUCUCAAGUCCAAAUCUGCACACAUGACUGUGAAAAUGAUGUUUAAUUCAUCCCAUAUUGCAUUUUUGGAACAUCAAAGGCUUCUUCAACUUCCCUAAUAAAGAUAAAAUAGAUACGGAGAUAGAAGCAAACUGCUCAAGAAUCUGCAGCAUAUUUUAGAUCAUCAGGUUUGCUACUAUUACAGAACUAGCUCACUUUUCCUCCAUGUGAGUGACAACACUGUUUCAUUUUUCAUCUAGGGUGUUUAUUUUUAUUUGGCCAACCAUUGUAUAUUAUUGUGUCAUGAGAUUAUUUUGUUUUGCUUUGAAGUGGUAGCUAUUUUACUGAGGACACCUCUUCUGAAAGAAAUCUUUAUCUGUGAAGAAAAGAAAAGUUUUGUAAAUAAAACAAAAACAUUUGAAAUAUUUUCAAAUUAUAAAUAAAUUAUAAAUAGUAAUUAAGAUCAGUGCUCCUAAAAGAGGGGCAAAAAGAAAACCUGGGUCACAUGUGCCUCUUUUCCUGGAGUCCUCUGUACUCCAGGCAUCUUCAUCCUUUUUGCUCUAGACGCAUCUUUCAAGCUCCCUCACUUGAUUGGGAGCUGCUUAAGGAUAGGGAUGGUGUCCUACUCCAUCCGAUGUACUCAAAAGCCAAUAAACUGAAGAAUAUCUUAUUCUACAGACGGUUAUAGGACGCCCCUAUGGGCCUCUGUGAGAUGGGACCACUCCCAAGUUGAGAUCCUGGAAAUCAUCAUAACCGUAUAGUAACAUUAUUUAAUCAGACAAGGGAGUUAACUAAAACGUCCUACUGUGGCAUUAUGUGAUGGCUCUUAGCUGUGUCAAAGUGUUUGAUAUGUGCUCUAAAUAAAGAUGGGAGUUCUUUAUGUUAUUACUUAAUUUUGUGGCCAUUGAAGCACCAACCAUCAGAACUGCCUUAAUGCAAAAUAUCUGAGAUCACUGUACCUUUAAAAAGGUUUGUAAGCAGGACUCUCCAGGGGACAUUAUGUUGUGUUCAAUGC